UCUGGCGUUGAGUUUGCCAUCCCCAUGUCACUGGAAGCACAUCCAAUGAAGCUGGAUGAUCUAGCUCCGGAGAAUCCACGUGAGGACAUCUUACGAGAUGACGACGGUGUACCGUACUGUUAUCUCUGUCAUUCGGUCUUGAAAACAUGGCAAGGCUAUGAAUAUCACAUAAUGGCUGUUCAUUUGAAAUAUCGACCCUACCGUUGCAUGUACUGCAUGAAAGAGUACUUUUAUACAGAAGAAGAAGGACUGAGUCAUGUUCGAUCUCAACAUCAUGGGAAAACAGUAACGCUGUUGCGAGAGUAUCAUGACGACAAAGAAAAGCAGCUUGAAGAUGCGUUUUGCGCUCUUUUCAUGGCUGUACGUGAGGGCCCAAACUUCACCGCGGAGAGAGCUGCAGCCAUCGAAAAGGCGGCAUUUAUGCAUUUGCAAAAGUUCAAGCGAAUGCGAAUGAAAGUUCCUGAGUUUGCAACUCGAGCGAAGGUUAUGCGAGAUUUUGCAUCGCAAACAUUUUCCACGAUGUCCUCUCCGAACUCCAUGAUUCCGGCAUUAAAAUAUAUGUCUCAUCCACGGCAUCAAUAUGAACACUUACAACAUCAUCUUGAACCAUUACAGCAUCCGCAGAUCUCCAUGCCAUUGAAAGUGAUGGAUGUAGAACAUGCAGAUGGGCAGCAGAGAUUUGUACGCAUGAGUAAUGGUGAAUUGGCCGAGAUUAACGAUCGAUAUGUUAUUGAAGGGGUAGGUUGUGCUUACUUCAUACAUAAAAUGUAUCUAUCUCCUACGUUAAUAUGA